AAACUAAAACAAACACAAAAAUAAUGCACACCAAACUGGUCCUUCUGCUCUCGAUGGUGGCCAUAACCGUGCAUAGGGCCAUGGCUGCUGGCAAUCCCAUCGGGGGUGCCGUUUUCUCUGAAGAAAGUUGUCGCAAGUCUGGGGUGCUGGUUUUCUACCGCAUCAAACUGGUAACCAGCUGGUCGAAAAAACUGUUUCCGAAGCACUAUCCAGAAUUUCGACCGCCGCCACAAUGGAGUAUGACAUUUGGUCAAACACACAACGACAGCUUCCAACUGUUUCAACUGAAACACCCAGCGUCGGUGCCAGUGGCAACCUUUGCGGAGACUGGACAGGUUGCCGCAAUGGAAGAAUCGUUGGCAGCUCAACAGGAUCUGCUGUUAGAUGAGUUUCGACUUCCUAAGAUCCGUAAGGGCAAGGGCGAAAGUGAGGCAACGUUUUUCGUCGACGGUACACACUCGAGUGUAUCUUUUAUGACGAAAAUAAUACCUUCGCCAGACUGGUUUAUUGGGUUGAAUUCCUUCAAUUUGUGCUCGCGAGGGCGAUGGUUGGAAAAGGUGACGACCCCACUUCAUCCACUGGACGCAGGGACGAGCAGUGGUCUUACCUUUACCUCACCGAAAUGGCCCACGAAUCCGCGUGGUUUGGUGGAACGAAUCACUGCCCGAUAUCCGCUUCAUUUCGCUAGCAGCUUUUUCUAUCCAGAAAUCAAACACCUUCCACCAAUCGCACAUGUCACCUUCACCAAGAUUAAAGAAUACCAUAAUGCCAACAACGUCCACAAGAAGGUGAAGAAACUCAAGUACAAACAACGCACGAAGUUGCUGCGAAAGCUGAACCAACAGCAAUCGCCCAGUACUGACAAUGGUACCGGCAACGAUAUCCUCUCCGACAAAGACUGUCAGGUUAGUGCGUGGUCUGCCUGGAGUCCUUGCAGCAAGACAUGUGGGCUGGGUAAAAGAAAUCGCACCCGCAACGUACUACAACACCAUCGUCUUGGUGGUGUUGAAUGUCCAGCUCUGAUAGAAACGGAAUGGUGUGGAUCAGCUCGCCAGUGUGCCGAGUUUGACGCGUACUUUAGAUGGUAAAGGUUGAAAAUAAAUGA